AUGAUGAUGAUGGCUGCCCGCUUCCAACCCCUCCUGCUGUUGCUGGUGCUGGUCGUCGUUGCACGCGUGUGCGGGGAGGUGGUAUUGGAGGAGGAUAAGGAAGGUGCACUGCACAUCAACACAAGCGAUCCAGAGAAGGAGCCCGUCUUUGUCAAUGGCGUGGACGUCGGAAAGAUGUUCAAGUUGGUGCAGCAACAGGCCAGCAUGUUGGAGGAGCAGGUGGGUGUCAACGAUGAGCUGCAGCAGCGGCAUGAACAGCAACAGGAAGCCCUCUGUCGCCGGUUUCCGCCGUCAACAGACAUGACCACCCUGGCGAACGUCGGCACAGGAGACGCCGACUGGCUUGGUGGCGUGCUGGCAAACAACGGCCUCAUCUACGGCAUCCCACACCGCUCUGCUUCUGUGCUCAUCAUCGACCCGACGACCAAUGUCGCCGACACAACGACCAUCCCUGGCUUGGCCCCAGACGCGCGCAAAUGGGGCGGUGGCGUGCUGGCACACGAUGGCCUCAUAUACGCCUUCCCAUACGAUGCCGAGUCCGUUCUGAUCAUCGACCCCAUGAGCAACAGCGUGGACAAUAUCACUUUGAGCGGGCUCCCUGCUGGCACUGGUCAGUGGAUCAGCGGCGUGGUGGCUGCUGACAACGGCUUGAUCUAUGGCAUCCCGUGGCGUUCCUCAUCUGUGUUGAUUGUGGACCCGGCCAUGAAGACAACUGACACCACAACCAUGGCUGGGUUUGCAAGUGGUUGCUGCCAGUGGUAUGGCGGGGCGCAGGCGGACAACGGCCUCAUCUACUCCGUUCCACGCGACCCCCAAUCCGUGCUCAUCAUCGACCCAGCCACCAACACGACCGACACCACCUCCAUCGCGGGGCUCGAAGGCGACGACAAGUGGCAGGGUACCGUGCGUGCGAGAAAUGGCCUCAUCUACGGCAUCCCUUUCAAGAGUACAUCGGUGCUUGUCAUUGACCCGGCCACCAACACCACAGACACGACCUCCAUCGCCGGCCUUUCAUCUGAGCACGGCAAGUGGCGUGGAGGGUUGCUGGCGCCAAAUGGAAACAUCGUUGGCAUUCCCGCCAUGGAGUCAAGCGUGCUCAUCGUGGACCCACGCACCAACACAACCAACUUGUUGGAACCAUUUGCUGUGGACGCUGGCACCAACAAGUGGUAUGAUGGUGUGCUUGCUAACAACAACGGCCUCAUCUAUGGCCUGCCAAAUCUGCUCUUCCUGCACAAUGAGCCAAUCGCACCACACCACUCCGCUAAGGUGCACAAGCGCCCUGCACCACAAGGAGGCGGCAGCAACAUCUUGGACAAUCUGCUUCUGAGGCAUGGGCUGUAUGAAGUGGGUGAGUCGAAAGAUGUGGGUUCACUGUUUGGUGUGGCUGGCCCAGCCCUGGACAGCUGGAUUGAGCGGAACCACAACAGAAUCGUCGACGUUGGCGACAUCAGGGCUUUGAGGGUGUUCAAGGGCACCAGCAAUCCAUGCAUGGAAGCCGUGCGUCUGUUGGCGGUAGCGGCGGAACUGCAGAAGACCAUCCACGUGUACUCGUACUUGGCCGACGUGCCGUUCAUUGUCCGACCACCACCUGGAUACCCUCCAUCAUCAGAAGUGACAAAGAUCAUCCACCGCACAGACGGGCACUUUGCCAAAGCCAAAUCAGUCUGGCUACGUGAAAAGAUCCUGGCCACACUCAAGAACUUUUUCCUUCGAGCUGGGAAGGGCAAAGUCAUCAUCAAAGGUGUUCUUGGAGUCCUUGGAUUGAUCCUUUUCAUUGUCCUGACAGCAUUGCUGCUCACAUAUGGCAGUCCCGGCACCUGUUCAGACAUCAAACUCGAAAAUACCAACGACACGAUGGAGGGCCACAGUCUCAUCAGAUCGGGAUGGCUGCUGGCGUGUUGGGUUAUCCUGUGUUGUGUUGUCAUUACAUUCACGGUCGCAUGGAGCGUCGUGCUGAGAGUUGCGUUCCCGGAGUGCCCGGACGUACAUCAAUACCCCAGCAAGAUGGACGCUGACUACAUCGAGGAUCUGGUGACUUGUCGAGAGGCUCGCACGGAGUUCUUUGCGACAUUGGCCGAUGGCAUCACAGCAACAAUCGCAAUCUUUGCGGUGAGCGUGGCCUUGGACAAUGGUGGUGCCGAGGACUGA